GAAAGAGAGUGUUGGCUUGUGACAGUGAGACAGUGGAGCAAUAGCAGAUCUCUCUCUCUCUCUCUCUGUUGUGUGCAAUAAGCUGCUGGGAAUCCAUCAUGUCUGUGUGUGCUCUGACCCUGAUCUUGGGCUGCCUCCUGCUCUUCCUGGGGGACAUCUCCAAACCAGCAGAGGGGUGCACGUGUGCCCCCAGCCACCCACAGGACGCCUUCUGCAACUCUGACAUAGUGAUCCGGGCCAAGGUGGUGGGUAAAAAGCUGAUGAAGGACGGUCCCUUUGGAACCAUGCGAUACACCGUCAAGCAGAUGAAGAUGUACCGUGGCUUCAACAAAAUGCCCCAAGUCCAGUACAUCUACACCGAGGCCUCGGAGAGCCUGUGUGGCGUGAAACUGGAGGUCAACAAAUAUCAGUAUCUGAUAACUGGACGUGUAUAUGAGGGAAAGGUGUACACCGGGCUGUGUAAUUUAAUCGAGAGGUGGGAGAAACUGACCUUCGCCCAACGGAAGGGACUGAAUCACCGCUAUCCUCUUGGUUGCACCUGUAAGAUCAAGCCUUGCUACUACCUUCCCUGUUUCAUCACUUCCAAGAACGAGUGCCUCUGGACGGACAUGCUCUCCAACUUCGGCUACCCUGGCUACCAGUCUAAGAACUACGCCUGCAUCAAGCAGAAGGAAGGCUACUGCAGCUGGUACAGAGGAUGGGCGCCCCCCGACAAAACCACAAUAAACACCACAGAUCCCUGAGCCUGACCUCUGCCCGGGCCCAGAAGCUGCAAUGGACAGUCGUUUUCUGAUCAGAUUAUAAAGUCAAAGAAAUUACGGCUAAUUUCUUGCAAAACCUAGCACUUGGAACGCUUCUCAUUUGCCAUCCUAUUGAAAAGCAUAUUUUUUAAUCACUUUUUUUUUUGUUUAAAAUCACCCAUUUCAGCCAGAUGUGAGCAGGAUUUUCUUGUAGGGUCUGGUUCAGUUCUGUAUUUUUGUAUUUCUCUGAAUGCUCAGAUAUUGGGCACCUAUCGAAUUCUAUGCCAGCAACCUUUUGUAUAUGUUGUUGAGAUGCCCUAAAGGGUAGAGGGUUUAUGUGGCUGUCGGAGUCUCUGGCGGUGAAUUUGCUCUAAUUUGCUCAUUUCCUUGCAGUUCCAGUUCUCUGCCACAAGAGGUGCUGCUUCACAGUUAGAGAAGGGACCUCUUUAGUAUAUGAAAGAAUGAAAAGUGCAUAUAUAGAGACAAAAAAAAGGUUAUAUAUCCUUAAAAAAAUACUUGUGCGCUGAGUCCAACCCUAAAUCCUACUUAAAAACCACUAUAUAUGACAUUGUGUAGAACUAGACUCAAGAAAGAGAAGCUAAAAUAUACAAAUUAUUCCUAAAUGAUAAUGUGAAAAUGCUGACGGCUGAUGUUGCCCCUCCUCUGUUUGUGGAGGGGCUUUUACUCCAUCAUGGGCCGAUCAUUGAAUUCAUCAGACAAUGGUUAUUAUUUUUGCACUAAUGUUUUUAAACAAGACAGGUCUAUCACCUCCCUCCCGGCACCGAGUCACUAUGUUGCCCCGGGGGUGGUAAAUAUUUUAAACUUUUCUAAUGCCAUACAGGUCAGUGGCAAAAUAUAUGACUAUUAAAGACCAAUUAGGUAUUGCCUGGGAAGUGGAUGGAAUUUUAGAUGUAAGUAGCUCCCUCUUGUGGCAAGAGAUAGUAACUGAGAGGAAUGAUCCCCCUCUUGUGGCCUGGAGUGGUAGUGUUAGCUACAGAUUCUUAUUGUGUAUAUGGGACAUGCCAUGUAUUUUUGAUUGGGGGGGGGUUCUGGAGCUGACACAAUUUUGGAAAUUUACCAAACUGGUAAACUUCACUGAGAAAGGGUUUUAAAUUCAUAUUGACAUGCAGUAACACCUCCAGGCCACUAGAGGCGCUAAGAUGAAUCUUUAUAAAGGGAUGUUGUCAUCACAAAAUUUCCAUAUUUUAUAAUCCCAUUGUUUUAUAGUCGCCUUUAAUACACUUUGUAUAUUUUUUUCAUGUCAUAUAUAUGGUUUAAAAUCCCAUGGAUCAUUUGUUCAGCUUUAAAGGGGAAAUACCCCUUUAACUAACCAUUUCUAUGGGAACCACUUUCCUUUAACUAUUGAAGACCUGUCGAGGGAGUCCUAGAGCUGUAUUUUGUUGAUGGCAAUAUCCCUUUAAGGCUUGUUCCUGACAGGGGUUGUUCACCUUUAAAUGAACUGUUAGUAUGCUGUAGAGAGGGAUAUUCUGAGACCAUUUGCAAUUGGUUUUCAUUUUUUAUUAUUUGUGGUUUUUCAGCUUUUUAUUCAAUUUCAGCAGUCUAGUUGCUAGGGUCCAAAUUCCCCUAGCAACUAUGCAUUAAUUAGAGUAAGAGACUGGAGGUGUGAAUAGACUUGCGUGUAUGUGCACGUCCGUGUACUCUCGUUUGUGUGUUUUUCCUAGGGCUCCCAGCCGGCCUGGCCCGGCACUGAGCCUUACAGAGCAUUUGUUGUUUUUUAGGUAGGGUCAGUGACCCCCAUUUGAAAAGUGGAAAGCGUUAGAAGAAGGCAGAUGAUUAAAACAAACUAUCAAAAAUGAAGACCAAUUGAAAAUUUGCUUAGAAUUAGCCAUUCUAUAAUGUACUAAAAGUUACCAUAAAGGUGAACCGUUUACGAGCCAGAGGGGUAGAGUGAAGUGGUUAUUUGUUAGCAGUAAACUGGAUAUAUUCUAGAUACACACGAAUGGGUGAUGUUUUAUAUAUAUAUAUAUAUAUAUAUAUAUAUAUAUAUAUAUAUAUAUAUAUAUAUAUAUAUUUUUUUUUUUAUUUUUUUUUCUUAUUAAAAAAAAAUCUAGAACUGGAUAUAUUCUAGAUACACACGAAUGGGUGAUGUGUUUUAUAUAUAUAUAUAUAUAUAUAUAUUUUUUUUUUUUUUUUUUUUUAAUUUUUAAUUUUUUUUUUCUUAUUUAUCUUUGAAGAGGAAAAGGUUUAAUAUAUCUUCACUUCAUUCCGAGUAGGGAGUAGCUGUUUUGUUCUCUUUAUGUUUUUUAAUACCGAUAUUUAGAGGUUUGAUACAUUAUAUCGCAGAUAAGAUUUUAUAAAUAUAUAUAUGUGCUAUAUUUUGCAGAGA